UUCAACUUUUGUCUUUGUCGCUCGCGUAAACAUAUUGCCGUUGCGCUCACACAGGUGCAGUGACAGCCGUAUUCACAGAUUGUCACCUUUGGUGAUACAUAUAAAGACUUGUGGUUGUGCACGUGGACUUUGUUUUGUUUUGAUACAGUAAUGCUUUUUUUAACCUUAACAAUGAAACAACAUUCCGUGUUUGGAUACGCUCGCGUUUAGUUUCGUUUUUGAGGUUAAGAUUGUUGUUAGUGGUGUUUGGGUUUUUGAUUGUUCAAUUUGUUUGCUGUUAUUACAGUAAUAAAAUGGAACCAACUCCGUCUACUUCUCGUCCACUCAAGAAGUUUGUGUCUCCGCGUAUGAAACGUAAAAUGUCUCAUUUUAGCGAGAAUGAGAAAGUGAUGAUAAUUAACGUAUUUAAGUAUGUAAAGGAAACUUCGACUUCUGAUAAAUAUACUUCUAAACAAGAAAUGAAGGAUGUUACUUCAAAUAUUUUAGGUAUAUCAAAAUCUGCUGUAUACAGAGUGUUAAAAGAAUAUACUGAAACUGACACGGUCAAGCCGGCGGCGAAACCGAAGAAGCGGUUAUCAAUAAUAGAUAAGUUAGACGAUUUUAACAAGUACUGCAUAAGACGAAUUGUGCAUAGUUUUUGCCAAAAAGGAGAGCUACCAUCAGCAAAAAAAGUGUUACGUGCUGUGAAUGCCGACGAUUCUUUACCUAAUUUGGGCUUGACGUCAUUGAAAAGGGUAUUAAAACAUUUGAAGCUUAAUAGUCGAAUAGAUCGAACUGUUGAUUCUUUCAAAACUAACGUAACUGGAGAAACAUCUGACAGUUCGUCAGAAACAGGAACCGAUUUUUCUGAAUAAAGAAUUAAAUGUUUCUUUUUAAAACCA